UAGCUGCACUUGGAAUAAGAGCAGCUGUCUGUCUCAUUCCCUUGCCCUCUGAACUCUCUCUCUCUCCUAACCCUGCUGCUUUCUCACCCUCCCUGCCUUCUCUCUCAAUUUCACAUUCCUACAAACUUUCCCCCCCCCCCCAGUCCGCAUUCAAACCAUUUGUAUUCUAAGAACCCCGCUUGACAUCAACCUCUGUCUAGAGUCGCUGCUCUAGUGCUAGCAAUGUCUGAUAAAAAAGAGGGUAAGGCUCCCGGCAAGCUCCCGGGGAGGAAAAAAACGGAGAGGAAGGCAGACAAGGCCCCAGAGAAGGAGAAGGUAGAGAAGAAGGUGGAGAGGAAGAUGGAGAAGGACCCAGAUAAGGCUGCGGAGAAAGUUCCAACAGAGAAGGCCACAGAAAACACUCCAGAAGCCUCUGAGGGGACAGUGGGGAACGGGGCCCCCAGAGAGGGGGCGGUUGCCAGUGGGGGUGACGAGGAGUUCGUGGUGGAACCCAUGGAGCUGCCUCCCUUCGAGAUCAUUGUAGGAGAGAAGAUCAACCCCUUUUUCUUCAAGUUCCAGUUCAAGAACGUGGAGUACUCAUCAGGCCGGAAUAAGACCUUCCUGUGUUUCCUGGUGGAUGCCCAGAACAGCAAUGGGGAAGGUCUGCGGGGCUACCUGGAGGACGAGCACACAGGUGCCCACGCCGAGGAGGCCUUCUUCCACCAGGUUCUCCCGCAGUAUGACCCCGCCCAGCGCUAUAUGGUCACCUGGUAUGUGUCGUCUAGCCCUUGUGCCGCCUGCGCUGCGAAGCUAGCAGAGAUCCUGAAGACUCGCAAGACACUGCGCCUCACCAUCUUCUCCUCGCGCCUCUUCAUGUGGGAGGAGCCGGAGAUCCAGGCGGGACUGAAGGCUCUGGUGGCGGCCGGCUGCAAGCUGCGCAUGAUGAAGCCCUCAGACUUCAUCUACGCCUGGGAUACUUUUGUGGAGAAUGAGGACCAGAGCUUCACCCCAUGGGAAGACUGCCAGGAGAAUUACGAGUAUUACCAAGAGAGGCUCGCUGACAUCCUACAGUGACUGUCUGAUCUUCAGAAUUGCUUCUUUCCCCUUGCAGCCUACUUCUGCUUUCAAGCCACAUUAAACCUGCACAGCAUGUCCAGCUUGUAACCUCUUCCCACACCUGGUCCGGCUCUCGUCACUUUCGCCCUAAUAUGUAUCCCACUUUAACUGUUUCCAAGCAUGCACAAAUGCCUAAACAUUAGGGUGUCGUCUUCUCAUGUAGACUCCCUGCCAAGCGAGUUGCCUUCUUUACACGCUACAGGUCCAAGGCACGACAUAGGAUGGCUGACACCACCAGCCAGGGCCUGACACUUUUCUACUUGGAAGAUAGUAUCCAUGUUGCCCUGUUGGACUCCACAUGACCUCCUGUUGAAGAAGGAUCCCAAUUCCUUUUGGCUGCUGUGGAAAUCAGUCCCAGUCAAUAACGGAUCUAACUCAGACUCAGACCGGUGUGAGCUUCAGGAAAGCGUGCCUUUAGGCUGCCUAACUCAUCAGAUAUCAUCCUACCUUUCCUGGUCUCAGACUUCUAGUUGAAUAAUUUUCACAUAAGAAUGGCAACUCCCAUUCAAAUCCCAGAAUUCUCUGCAAAUAUUCAUAAUGGACGGCCCAUUUUAGACCAUGUCUUUAGAGCUCCCCCAUGUGGCUCUGCAGUGGUACUACCUUCGGAAUCUCUGCAUUGCCAAGCUGCCACAGAAAGAAUAAACAAGUGACAAAUAAAACAGCCUGGAACAGGGAGCUAUGGGUCAGAUGGCUACAACUAGACACCAACCCUCAGGAAAACGACCUCAAUGUGUCAUUCUGCUUGUCAGAAGACCUUUAUCUUUCAGCAUUGUGACUGUGUUUAUUUUUUUUAGCUGAAAAUUCGGCCCAUAUUCAAUUAUUUUUACAUUGUUUAAGGUCUCCAAUACUAGGAUUCAUCAUAUUCUGGAAAAGCCAAAGAUGUAUUCAUUACAAACCAGUUAUAGUUUUUACAUGUUAUUCUUAAACAUGGGUAAUAUUUACAUAUGUACAAUCAAAUGUAAAUAUAUUAGCAAAAAAACCUCAAACAGCUUCCUUUAAUUCAGGGAAAUUGUCUUCCAGUUUAAAGACAUACUUGCCUGUUCUCGAUUCAUUAUAUUUAAAGCAGACAGUGGUGAGAAAAUGUUCAUAGACAUAGCAAAGUUCAAUGUUAUGCGUUGCUUGUUAAGGACGUCUUUGGUUAUUAUUACUACGCAGGCCAGAACACAUUUUAGGAGCCAUUUAUGGAGGAAUCCAGUUCAUUCCAAACAGUCCACUCAGUUGUUUGCAAUUCUUGUGUAAGUAGGAUGAAGCAUAAGAACUGGCUGAAUUUCCCAAACGUGCAAAAUUAUAUUUCAGUUUCUUGGGCAUCUAAUCUUACUUUACUCCUCAUAUGGGCUUUUAUACACGAGAUGGAGACCUUUGCUUGUGCAUAGAAACUAAGCAUCUCUCUGGGGUUAGAUACGCUUUGAGUCACACAAAGGGCACCUGUACAUUGACGGUAUUACCUACAUAUACCGACAGCUGCCAAAAGUAAUCGGUGUACUGCAGAUCCUGGAUGUAUCUACACGUGCCUACAAGAAACAUCUCCCUCCCAACGGGUGGUCUGUUUGCUGACUAUUAAGCAUUUCAUAUUUAGGUAUAAAUGUGCACAGCACACAUACCAGGCUAUCGUAGCCCCAGUCAUUGCAUAUCCCUAGGCAAAAAAAAAAAAAACUAGUUUCCAUAUGGAUUCCAUCAUAAAAGGUUUGUCUUACCUUAUGUUCAACAAAAACAGAAAACCAAGUUUUGCAGCAAGAAAGGAAUCAUUUUCCACUUAAAUUGUUUAAGAUAAUAAAUGCAGUUUAUUAUAUA